AUGGCGAGUUUGUUUGAUACAGUCCAUACACAUGAAUAUGACGAGUCCAGCGAUGAUGCUUCUGUUCGUAUCAUUGAUAAAUCAGUCAUGGAUAAACCAUCUGAUCCAGAUGCAAAUGACUUGGAAGUACUUGAAUUAGUCGUGCCUAAAAGACAAAAAGAGAAAAAGAAGGUGAUGAUCAAUGAAAGCGCAAAUCAAAUUCGACAUGCCCAUGAACCACAACUGGAUCCAGAUCAAUUCAUUUCUAUGGAUCAUGCACUUGGUUUACUUCAUCAUCAUGUCCAAACCAUGCAAGACAAUAUCGAAAAAGAAAUCAAACGCAUUCGUGUCUAUCAAGAAGAUAUUGUCAAGUACAGAGAGCAUAUGAUACUGAUGGACACACAACUCGAUACCAUGCAUUAUUCACUCACUAUGAUGCACAAAGAUAUACCAGAGAUGAAGGCACAAAAAGAGCGUGUACAGGAGAAUGAAAUCAAGGUUCGAUCCAAUCAAAAGAAGCACAACAUACAAAAGCAUCGAUUUGAAAAGUACAGAAAGGCUAUCAGUAUUGACACAAGGCUUGUUGAAUUGAAAAAGAAGAUUGAUGCUGCUUGGAAAAGAGAUGAAAUAUGGGCUAGUAUUCGUGACUGGGGUUUAUUGUCAGGUAGAUGGCCAUAUCAAACAUUCAAUUGUCUCAUGAACUGA